AUGGAGGCUGCAGUUGUUGUUAACGGAUUCAAAGAAAGUGAACGUAUGUAUGGGAUUAGAUACCGCAAGUUAAUUGCUGAUGGUGAUAGCAGUGUUUAUAAAAAAUUUUUGGAAGCACGACCAUACAAAAAAAGUACAGUAGAAAAAAUUGAAUGUAAAAAUCAUUUCUUGAGAAAUUUUUGUAAGAAAAUUAGAGAAAUCGCUACAAAAAAACAAGCCGGGAAAUUGGAAAAUAGAAUAUUACUACAAAAUAAUUUUUUAAGAAUGGGUAAAGGAAUAGUUUCCGCGAUACAAUUCAGAAGAAAAAAUAAAGAUAACGAUAACGAUUUACGAAACGAUAUUUUGAACUCAGUUUACCACGUUUUUGGACUGAGUCAGGUAAGAUUAAAUAACUAG